UUCAAAGCAAAAUGAAGUUCUUCCUGCUGCUUUCCCUCCUUGGUCUGUGCUCUGCUCAAUAUGAUCCGCAUACUCAGUACGGGCGGACUGCUAUUGUCCACCUGUUUGAGUGGCGCUGGGUCGAUAUUGCCAAGGAAUGUGAGCGAUACUUAGCUCCCAAAGGAUUUGGAGGAGUGCAGGUCUCCCCACCCAAUGAAAAUAUUGUGGUUCACAAUCCUUUCAGGCCUUGGUGGGAAAGAUACCAGCCAAUUAGCUACAAAAUUUGCACAAGAUCUGGAAAUGAAAAUGAAUUCAGGGACAUGGUGACAAGAUGCAACAAUGUUGGUGUCCGUAUUUAUGUGGAUGCUGUCAUUAAUCACAUGUGUGGCGCAGGCGGUGGUUCCGGAACAAGCAGUACCUGUGGAAGCUACUACAACGCUGGCAACAGGGAAUUCCCAUCAGUUCCAUACUCUGGUUGGGAUUUUAAUGAUAAUAAAUGUGAUGGAGAAAUCAGUAACUACAACGAUGCUUACCAGGUCAGAAAUUGCCGUCUCUCUGGCCUUCUGGAUCUUGCACUUGAGAAAGAUUAUGUCCGUACCAAGAUAGCUGACUACAUGAACCAUCUCAUUGACAUUGGUGUAGCAGGGUUCAGACUUGAUGCUGCUAAGCACAUGUGGCCUGGAGACAUAAAGGCAGUUUUGGAUAAACUGCAUAAUCUAAAUACAAGAUGGUUCUCUCAAGGAAGCAGACCUUUCAUUUUUCAAGAGGUCAUUGACCUGGGUGGUGAGGCAAUUAAAAGUAGUGAGUACUUUGGAAAUGGUCGUGUGACCGAAUUCAAGUUUGGAGCAAAACUUGGCACAGUUAUCCGCAAGUGGAAUGGAGAGAAGAUGUCCUACUUAAAGAACUGGGGAGAAGGUUGGGGUUUGGUGCCCUCUGACAGAGCCCUUGUGUUUGUGGACAACCAUGAUAACCAGCGAGGACAUGGCGCUGGAGGAGCCUCCAUCUUGACAUUCUGGGAUGCUAGGAUGUACAAAAUGGCUGUGGGAUUCAUGUUGGCUCAUCCUUAUGGAUUCACAAGAGUUAUGUCAAGUUACCGUUGGCCAAGAAAUUUCCAGAAUGGAAAAGACGUGAAUGACUGGGUCGGACCACCCAAUAACAAUGGAGCCACCAAAGAGGUUACCAUUAAUCCAGACACCACUUGUGGCAAUGACUGGGUCUGUGAACAUCGAUGGCGUCAAAUAAGGAACAUGGUUGCCUUCAGAAACGUAGUCAAUGGUCAGCCUUUCUCAAACUGGUGGGAUAAUGGCAGCAACCAGGUAGCUUUUGGCAGAGGAAACAGAGGAUUCAUUGUCUUCAACAAUGAUGACUGGUCUUUGUCCACAACUUUACAGACUGGUCUUCCUGGGGGCACAUACUGUGACGUCAUUUCAGGAGAUAAAAUUGACGGCAACUGCUCUGGCAUUAAAGUUCAUGUUGGCAGUGAUGGCAGAGCUCACUUUUCUAUUAGUAACUCUGCUGAAGACCCAUUUAUUGCAAUCCAUGCUGAAUCUAAAUUGUAAAAGUCAGAAUAAAUACACAUAGAGAGCACUAA